AGAAGAAUAGCUCUGACGUCAUCGCGUUUGAGCAUGCCUACUACGCUCCAACAUAAACAAAGGCAGGACGUACACUACAGUUUAGUGUACUCUCGGAUAUCUUUUUAUGCUUAGAGAAACGAAAAAUCCCCAGAAAGCGAACUGGAGGCAAUGGAAAACGCACUUUUAAUGCGAGUGAGUGUUUUCACCGACCAAGGAGGCAGGAAAUACAUGGAAGAUGUGACCGAGGUCAUAGUGGAGCCCGAGCCGGGAGAAGGCGAGCCGACGUCGGGUGAACCAUACGAGAGUCGCGGGGAAAACUCAACGGCUUGUUUUCCGGCCGACCACCCUCUUAUAGACCACACCGGUGACGGUGGGGACUCUUCCCAUGGUUCCGAUGCACCAUGUGAACCAAUACGAACGGAAGACCAAAGUCAAACUGUGGAAAUACCGUCACCAGGAGGUCCGAGCCCGACACGAGCACAGCUGAGCCCUGUGAACCAUUCCCGCCGGUCGGUGGCGUUCUUUGCCGUGUUUGACGGACACGGGGGUCGCGAGGCUGCGCAGUUUGCACGGGACUAUUUGUGGGAGUUGAUAAAGAAACAGCGGGGGUUCUGGUCGGACUGUGACCAAGAAGUGUGCGCUGCUAUUCGCAAAGGAUUUGUUGCCUGCCAUCUUGCUAUGUGGAAGAAGUUACGUAAGUUCAAAACACCUUUACAAAGUUAUUAUAUAUUUUUAGUUGGUCUGAGAUGAAGCAAAGCCCUUAUGAUACAACAGCUUACAUAUCACGAUACAUGAGUGAAGAUACGAUACGAUCGCAGGUACGAUACAGUACAAUACUGAAUAAAUUGUCAGAGUUUAAAAGUAGAACUGAUUAAACAACUUGCUCUGAAUUUCAGUUUACCUUUAAUCAUGAGAUCAGACCAAUUUAUUGCCUACAUGGGAUUAUUGUAACACCAGAAAUGACAAAUAAUAAUCAUGAUGAAGCAAAACUCUUAUGAUACAACAGGCUACACAUCACAUCCUACAUAUCACGAUACAUGAGUGAAGAUACGAUAGGAGGUGUGAUACUGUACAAUACUGAAUAUAUUGUCAGAGUUAAAAAGUAGAUCUGAUUAAAAUAUUUGCUCUGAAUUUCAGUUUACCUUUAAUUAGGAGUUUCAGACCAGCUUAUUGCCUACAUGGGAUUAUCGUGACACCAGCAAUGACAAAUAAUAAUCAUAAUGACAAUAUUCAUACUUGCUUGAUAGAACAAAAACAGAGAUCUAUAUCACUAAGCCUGUUCAGCCUACCAAGUCUCUCCUAUCACCCUUAUAAAAAAAGGUCAUGUCAAACAGACACAUCAACUUGAAAGAUAAGCUCUGAGUUUACAAGCAUGUUUAUAUAAAAGUAGAAGAAUAACUUCAUUGAAAAGUAAAAAAUACAAGAGGGGAGACUUAAGAGCUUAUGACCAAAUUAACACAAACAUUAAAGAAUCAGUAGAAGAUUUUCACAUCUUUUGAGGAACCAAGUGUGAAGUUAAGUGUUCAAGUUGACAGAAGUUUCAGACAUGAUUCAUCUUCACUAUGUUUGCAAAAUUGAGGAAGGAUAAGAAAAAUAGAAUGUGAGUGUGCACAAAAUGGUAAUAUUUCCUUUAAUUAUCACUGCAUGUUAUAAAUAACUGUUAAACUCUUGUUUAUUCCCUGAAAUCAAUUCAAUGCAAAGAACAGUUUGGACAAUUUGUAUAUUUCAGCUGCAGUCCUGACAUAUCAAACCCUGCAGUAGGUGUUUUUAGGCACUGGGUAACAUGCAAGGCAAUUAAAUAAAUUGCCCACGAUACUAGUGUAUCACAGUAAAAGAUUUUCCAGACUGACUUAUUUCCUUGUUUUAAAAAUAUAAUAUGAAUUCUUACCAACUUUGUUUUCUGAGUUAAGCAAACACCCAGAUAACACUACAUAAUGUAUGGUUAUGCAAGCGUCAAAACAUCUGCUAUUUCUUAUUGGGCUCCUGAGCAUAUCUAGCCUGAGCAGAGCUAGCACCACAAGGCUUUAGUCCUGCAGGUUAACACCACCCACUGCCUGGAACUGGUUGUGCAUUGUCCCAGUCAACUGUUUGUAUGCCAGUUUAACGAGACACACCCUUAAUACAGCUGUCUCAAUAAUCACAACACUGUCAAACCAAACUAAACUUCAAGAUGCCAUCUGUGCUUGUUUAUUUUGAGAAGUCGCUUCAUACAACAACAGUUGCCUUAAUCCGAUGCUACAACUCUGAUGCUGCUUUAUUUUUGGUAACAGAGCUUACAGGCCUGAUGUCAAAUUUUUUAGAAACAUGGCGGUCCUUGCUGAACGAUCACUAAAAGCUCUUUUGAAGAACUUGUGGUUGUUGAUUUUGGCACCCCCUGUGGACACCCUGUAGUACCCCUUAUCUCCUGCUGAUUUUAUCUUGAACAUGUGCAAGUAGUGUAUCUGAAUAAAAACUCACCCUGCAUACUUUCAGCAGUUUCAGCUGUGAAAAAUGUGCAAUAAGGUAGCUUAAGUUAGCUUGACACUUCAUACCUACCAUAGUUGUAGAUACAGACAUGUAAAUGAUGCCCAAACUGUCUAUCCAUAUGCUUUUGUAGGUCAUACAGAGGUAUCAGAAUCAGUUUCUGUCGCCGAAAAAAAACCAAUCCACAAUUUAGCCUUAAUAUUUAAACCAAACGUUAGUAUUCCACUUCUUGGCUCAUUUGAUAAUAAUGAAAACACCUCUCCAGCCUGGGACCUCCAAACAUCCUCAAAGCAAGUAAAUGCAGUAUUAGCCAUGAAGUCUAUAAACAAAGCCUUCCUCAGUGCACAAGUACAUUUUGUCCAGAAGUUUAUGUCCAGUCUUUGGUCCAGCAGGGUUUAUAUUUUUUCCCUCUCUCUUUCUAUGUGUGACAGCUUUGUGAAUCAGGAAGUAGCCUCUGUGUACUCUGUUGCUCUGCAGACACUGGCUACUAAGGUGUCUGUGAGGACAUGCCCUGGCAUGUCAGCUGUUCAACAGUUUGUGACAGACUGUGUACACAAACCACAUGACUCACUUUGAUUACAUUGUUAAAAGUUGAGGGUAGAGAUCAAUGUGUCCUCUGGACUCACCCUUCAUUCAUCAUGAUGUUGUCAGGCCAAACACAGCCCUGGAUCUGAUAUGAUAUUAACCAACAGAUACACAUACCACUGUUAUUUUUGGAGUCUUUGUUUUGUAUCACUUUCCUGUGAUGUUACUUUUGUAAGUCAGAGUGCCUACAUUUGACAGGCAGCAGCAGUUUAUUAGUAAGAUUGGUAGUGUGCAGAUACAGUAUUUGUGAAUGGUCGAUUGAAUUGAAUUGAAUUUCCUUUCUGGGAUAAAUUCAGUCUUUCUUCUUCCGCUAUGAGAAGUUUCUGUAUGUGUUGAACGUUUUGGACCAUGGACCAUGGAUUAAACAUUUAUUUUGCCAUCCAACAUUGAUGUUUAAAUGUUGACAGAGUUAAAAUUCUAAGACAGAAUUUACCUUUAUGACAAAUAGAUUUUACACAAGACACUUUCACUAUGAAUAACUGAGAGUUUUACACUCAAGACUAAACUAAUAAGAAUAAGGGAUAAACAUGAACCUUGUAAUUUUUUCCAUAUAAACUAUUAACUGUCAAUGUUUAAGUACUGGGAUUUUUAAUUUCAGCAGAGUUGUAAAACAAUUUGUUGUACUGCAAAUUAUAGCUCUUUGAAGGUACCAUGAAAACUUCUAUUUUAGCAGUUUCAGUGUUACGCUGAUGCCUCUUGUUGACAUACGUAGAUAGCCUAUUAAGACCACGGAGAGCGAGAUUGUCUUUUAUUCAUGCUGAACUUUGGUGCCUGUGGUCAGGUCUGAUUUUCUGGUUAAAAACAAAGGUAGAUUUUCACCACUCAUUCCCUUUGAUAUUUAUAACUCCUGCAAAGUUUUGGCUGUGAAAAGAAGUCAGCAAGCAUGAGGAUUUUUUUGUUCUUUAGAUAGUUUUCUUUUGACAUCAUGUUUGGACCUCACUGCUGAUACUGGAGCAGGUUAAGCUCCGAGACAUACAUUUUCUGUGGAAGGAUUGUUUCAGACAGAGGAACUCUGACCAGGGCUUUCCUGGGUAAAAGGGCAAACCAGCUAUAAACAGGAUUUAAUGUUGACGCCAGUGUGGGAAUGCUUCAUUCCUCUCAGGAGACAAACAAGUUAAACCAUGCAUAUUUACGUAAUUUAAACAUUUACUGCAAAACAUCAUGACACUGGGGCAGAAGGGGGAACAUCACAGUCGUAGGUAUAGUCAAAAAUAAAAUCAGACCUAGCAUAUUGUCAAUUCUAUAUUACAAUUGUCGCCACAGUGGGAAAAAAAGAUUUCAUCCAAAAGGUUCACUAGAAUUAAGACAUCAUAAAAACUCCUCUGUAAAGACAGAUAAUCAGACUAGACUAAGGGCCUGUCUACAGCUGAGUCCUCAUCCUGGCAGCCUUGUGUGAUUUCAAACCUUGCUCAUGUGCCGCCCCCUCUCUUUCUGCAUUUACUGUUUAUGCAAAAGCUUCUCUUAUUGAAGGCAAAAAAGAAAAAUAAACUAAGCAUAAUAAAAAUCAAAUGGUAACGAUAUGAUUUUCUGUUCUUAUGGUUAAUAUUAAACCCAUUUUUUCUCUCCCAUAUUCACAGCUGAAUGGCCAAAAACACUCACAGGCCUUCCGAGCACAUCUGGUACCACAGCCAGUGUGGUUGUUAUCCGAGGAAACCGCAUGUAUGUGGCCCAUGUGGGGGACUCUGCAGUGGUGUUGGGGGUCCAGGAUGAUCCCACGGACCCGUUCAUCCGAGCUGUGGAAGUCACACAAGACCACAAACCUGAGCUACCCAGAGAGAGAGAGCGUAUUGAAGGUCUAGGAGGGAGGUAAGGCCUAAUUGACAACAUGGCUCUGCUUCCGAAUCAAAUGAAAUGUAGUGCUAUAAUAUUAUAUAGCUUUCUUGAAUGUUACUUACCGAAAUACCGAAAAAGAGUUUUGGUCUGAACUCGCAAUUAUUGUACAGUUUAAGAACAGGUACAUCUAUUUUCUCUUAGAAACUCUUUAAAAAAUAUGUUGAAGGAAACUAUCAAGAGAAAGUGAAGGAAUUUUACUCUGAUGACACUGUAUUAAACAGAGGGCUGUUAUGUAAUCAAUGUUUAUACCUCUUUGUUUUCUCCUUAAAUCUUUUUAACAGCGUGAUCAAAAAGUCUGGAGUGAAUCGGGUUGUCUGGAAGAGACCGCGGCUGAGUCACAAUGGCCCAGUCCGUCGGAGCACAGUCAUCGACCAGAUACCAUUUCUGGCAGUAGCUCGAGCUCUAGGUAGGAACAAUGGUAAUCACAGUAAUCUCAGUGAAUGACCUGUUGAGGUGGCAAGACAGUUGAAUGACUGGUACUACAUAGAUAUAUUUGGCCCUCAAAGGAAGGCGUGAAAAGUACAAAACAAUUUUCUUUUGAGAGAAAAGCAAAACACCUAAAUGAAUCUUUUGAGUUAACCAGUUCUUUGUCUGAUUCUGCAACAAAUCUCUGGCUUCAAUAUAAUUUUCUCUUCUCUGCAUCAGGUGACCUGUGGAGCUAUGACUUCUACAGUGGAGAGUUUGUGGUUUCUCCAGAGCCUGACACAAGUGUGGUGACCCUCGACCCCAGGAAACACCGCUACAUCAUCCUCGGCAGCGAUGGUUUGUGGAACAUGGUCCCUCCUCAAGAGGCCAUCUCCAUGUGUCAGAACAACGAUGAGGCGAUGGUGAGGGCUGGAGAGACUUGUGAAGCUUUUUCUUAGCAGUCAUCAGUCUGGACAUAAAUCCUGUGGCUUUGUAAUCCCGUGUUAAUGUCACCAUGUUGAAGGAUAAGGGCACAACCAAUGUACAGUUAAAUAAUAAUACAUAAAUAUUUCACAAAACAAUUUAAAUUUUUUAAUGUAUUUCAAUGUCUUAAAUAACCACCCCCUCCACCUUCACCACUGUCACAGGUACACUGUCAUUUUUUGGGAAACACCAAAGUGACUUUAUAACAGAGCAGUGUCGUCUUAACAUUAAAACACUUCAAUAUAAUAACUAUCCUCCAUGCUGCAGGCACCGUGUGGGGUAUCGAGCGCCCGGCAGCUGGUCAGUCAUGCUCUCCUGCGAUGGCGGCAGCGCAUGCUACGUGCUGACAACACCAGUGCUAUUGUAAUUGCCCUGCAGGAGUCUGGAACAUCCCAGGACACCUUGCACCAUGAAGAGGUGUUGCUCGACUUGUCCAAGAUCUCCCAGUGUCCUCCUACCUCCAUCGCCAGGGCUGACACCCCACUCCUACAGGUAAGAGCAGGGCACACAAAAGUUCAGUUCUUGUGUCUGAAAUUGUCAAGAGCCACUAGAGUACGUUAAUGAAAAAAUAUGAAUGAUCUUAUCUCUCUUUUUGGUUUGGAAGGUGUAACAAAAUCAAGAGGAGGACUUGCAAAAUACAAUAUAAUACUCAAUACAUUGCCCAUAAUGAUAUGACAAUACAGUGAUUCUGCUUUGCUUGUGAGAUUGCAGGACUGUCACGUAACAUCAGGACAUUGGAGUAAUUGAAGGAUAGAAAAUACCUCUAAAAAGUAAAAAUCAGAAUCAGUGUGAAGAAGUAACUGGGUGGUAGAGCUGGGUGAUUAAUUGGAUUCGAGCUAUGAUUGGGAUUUCAACCCAUCACGAUCAUGACACUGUAAUAACCAAGACUGAAUGAUAUUGUGUUACCUGCUGUGCUGCCCCAGUUAUGUCCCAUACAUUGAAUGGUGCCACCCCCCACCCCCCCUUUCUUUGACAGCAGAGCAUUGGCACAGCCCCUCCCUUUUAAAUAGCUCUCACUUUCUCUUCCACCAAGAGUCGUUGCAGACUGCAUAAUUUCAAUACGCUGUGCAGCACCGCUGCUGCAACUUAUCAUGCUUAGAGACAGAAGGUGACAAUGUGAAAAUACUACACUGAAAGUGAAGUUUGGCAUUUAUGGUAGUGAGUAUUAUCACCAAAAUUGAGCCAAAGCUCUUACAGUGAAGUGAACAGUUGAUGCAUGGUCUUUUUUAGCCGUAGUGCACAACAAGCUGUCCUAUAUGAUGUCUGAGGCAACCCACUGGUCCUUUUUUAGAUCAUUCUACACCUGCUAGUUAUUCACACAACCAAAACAUGCCAAAAUGGUUCUAAAUACCAGAAUAAAUGAUGAAGUUUCCUCUCGUGUGUUUUUCUUUUUUUCUUUCUUUCUGUUUAGCGGCCCCCGGAGGAGGAGUUGCCCCCUUCUGUGUGUGAGCUCCUCCCCACCUUGGAGAGAAAAGACGGACUUUCAGGAAGCAACAGCCUGUUCCACAUGAACCUGUCCGACCCUUUUUCUCUGACUCCACUGUGUUCAAACAGUAGCACUGAGCUGCCCAGUCCGUCCGGUACGUCUGACAGGACAGUUGACUGCAGGACCACAAACAGUAAAAGAACAAUUGAUGGAUCAUCAUCAUCAUCAUCAUCAUCAUCGACUGGCCCGUCGACUAAAAAAGCCCGGAGGAGGACUGCUGAAAGACCGCCGCUGGUCCAGCACAAUGCAGAGAAGAAACAGAAGGAUUCCAAUAACGUCUCCCCCAUCCUCCAACAGCAUAAUAAGAACACAGUGUGUGUUUGCUGACACACACACUCCACUACACUGACGUGCUGCCUCCUCCAAUGUUUCUUUUUCCUCUUUAGGAUAAUCACAUGCUAACUCUGAUCUAGUGCUGAAAAAGAAGAGGGUCAUAUGUCGAAAAGGUAUUUGUUUUUUUAUUUCAAAGUCCAAAGUCUUUGAUAUAACUCAGCGCCCAGGUGAGUUCUCAUAGUUUUGACCCAAAAUCACAGACUCCUGACUUCAUUCCAAGCGACGAAAAAUUGAAAUACAAACCAGCAAAGAAAUAUUUGAGACUUGAGUUAGAGGGCUUUGAUUGAAGUAGACAUAGAAAAAUAGGUCAGAAAUGUGACUUUUUUUGGCAGAAAGGAAAUUUAGAGAAAUUAAAGGGUUUUAAUUAAAAACGAAGAAAUAUAGAGCAUCUUAUUAUAAAGCACCAUAUAUAUCAGUGAUUCAAAGUGCUUUCUUGAGAUUUAAAACACUGAAAAAUGAGAGAAUUGAAAGAAAUAUAGAAUUAGGCCAAAAGAAGCUGUUAGACUGAAAUAUGUCAAAAUAUAAAAGCACAAAUGAAGUGAUGUGAAAUCAAGCCAAACCAAGUUGUUAUACAUCUGAAUGUGUUCUUUAUUUCAGUCACAAUAAUAGAAACAGUUCAAAUUCUCUUUAUGUCUAAGCUUAAGUCUUCUCUUUUCUGCUAUUUACCAACACUCAAAAUGACAUGUGCUUCUCAGUCAUUCAGUCCAGGACUUGAACAACAGUUUGAAAUAUUUCGAGUGAACUUAUCAGUUAAACUCAAGUUGUUUUCAUAUAUCUGCAGAAUGAAAAUUUCAGGAUGGGCUUCAUGUAAGAAUGCAGACAGCAGAACCUUUUAACCCUGACUUUGCCCAGACUUUUUUCUCCUGCCCUCUUGGAGAAUCAGUUUUAUGUGAACGUGCUUCCACUCCUUCAUUGAUACAGAGAAUAUGUCCAGUCACAUUGAGCUUUGAUAUGAAGGCAAAAACUGUCAUCAAUGCGUCAGGUUUAAUUGACCUGCCUUUUUAGACACUUUGUAAAUGUUGCACGGUGCCCACUGCAGCAUGAAGUCUAACCUUCUAAUACCUUUGUAUCUAACAGUGUAGAACUUUACACUUUGCGGAUGUUUGUGGGAAAUUUUUUAGGGUAUUCUUUUUUUCAAGGAAUGCUUAGGAGGCAGGGUGUGACAUCAAAAGCACAAUAUGAAAGCCACAGUCUAAUGUUUACAGAAUUAUAACUGAUGAAGCAACAGAGAUCUACACUAAGAUGACAGUUUUUGCAUUUUUGUUAGACAUUGCAGGAUUUGAGCAAGUCUGUCUUUUGAACAGUUUUUAAUCCAUCUGAUUACUUGUUGAUCUUUCAGUUUUGCACAGAUCGUACAUAAAAAUUCAUCAGUCCUGCAAAGACCUGCUUUGAAUAUCCACAACUAAAUAUUGCUUUCACAUUCACUCUGACUCACCCUGAGGCUGACAGGGAAAAGUACAGGGAAAGUCUGGGUUGAAAAUUGUAACUUCUCGUGUUACAAGCAGACUAGCCUGAAAAAGUUUUUAGGUGUUUUGUGCAUGUUUGAAAACAGCUUUAAUUUUAGGUCAUAACUCUGCGCCAGGCUGUAAUUUUGUCAGUUAAGUUAAAACUGAUUUUAAUCUUAGAGCAAAAUCACAUUUUCACAUGUGGCUCUCAUCUUAAGUACUCUAGAGCUUGCAAAAGUACAGUACAGCUCAAGUACAACAGUGAUUAUUUCUCCAUAAAACAUCUCAUUUCUUUAUGAAAACCUUCCAGAAACACAGAUCCUCAGCUUCACCAGAAUCAGUGUCUUGAUUCAUGUCUUACUUCACCUCCCACUGAUAUCUAUAGAUGAUGCUGGUGUAAAUAUGAAUUUUGUUGGCUGAGUAUUGAAGUAAACUGUUGGUUAUAACAUAUAUUUUUAUACACUCUUGUAUUCCUGGAUGAUAGCAUAUAAAGUCGAGCUCCACUACAGCUUCCUCUGCUCCUCACACUCUGUAUAUUACUGUGUGAUCACCCUGUGUUUAAACAUAUUUAUGUAUUUUUAUUCUUUCAUUCUAUUUAAUCACUGGAGAUUUGUCUUGAAUAUAAACUGAAGGUGCUGCUACAGUCACAAAUCAUAAGCUACUACAUCACGUAAAGUGAUGUAUGAAUAUAUGGAAUAAGUGUUGGUAGCAUUUCUUUGCUCUCUUUCUUGAACUGUAUACUGCUUUUGUCAUAUAACACCUGUCCGCCCCUGUGAGGUUGUAAAUGAUGAUUUUUAAUGGAUGAUUUUUAAGUUUUAACGCACAAUGCAUCAAAACACCUGGGCCACACUGAUCCCCUAAGCUGCAGCUGACUGCUGCCUCUCAAUACUAGUAUUUUUAAUCUUGAUUCAUAAUCUGAUUAUUUUGUGUCCAGUUUGAACAAAUUGAAAGUUUAAUUAGAGUUAGAGGCACUUUUGAGUUCAUUUGUCACUUACCUGACAUAUGUUGAAGGUGCAAAACUUUGAGACAACACCAAGAUAAUUUUCUGCAUCAUAGGAAAGCGGUGUGCCCCAGCUGUUCAGGACUGGAUCCAAUGUAUUAUAUAUUUUCUUCAUAACUUAUAAUGAAUCUUAACUCAUGGUAUUUCUCUCUUUACUCCCUGUGAGCCUGCUCCAACCCUUCAUUCAUCAAUUCCUCAUCAUCUGUGUUCCUGAGAAUGUCCAACAGCCCUUUAUUGUGCUUAAGCUUUUGCAGUAAGUUUUUUCCUACGCGUUCAGGUGGCUCCAAAACAAAGACUUCCUUUGGUUCCUAGGGACCAGCACAACCUGCAUGUAACACUUUCCCACUUCCAGACUGCCAUUGUGGCUGCUACUGUCGUAGUUCAGUCAGCAACACUUUAGAGUCCAAUUUCUAGUAUCAUGUCACCGAUGAAGAAUCUGUGUCCAAGUUGAGUCUUCAUUAAAAAGACUGAUGUCCCACCCCAGACUAUUGACUGUAUGAACCUGGACUGAGUGGAUGAGCAGAAAACCCAUUUCAUUUGUCAACACUAGAUUUCCUGUAAGCAUGAAUAGAUUUAAAUAAAGGAUCGAGUUGCAGCACAGUGUGUCGUGUAGCUGAGCACCUCUUCAUCUCCAAAUGUUGGACGCAGUUAUCUAGUCUACUGUGGUAGGGUCACUGUAGGUGCCUAUCAUCUUAUAAUCACCCUUAACCCACCAGCUAUUAAUAGGAAUUUGGACUGACCAGUCACCCUCCCUGACUUUCCUGGAUGCCCACACCUCAGUGGGUCGGACAUUUUAAUCAUGUUGUUCCUUUCCUCCCUGCCUUUCUGUAAAGUUUUUGACAACAAAAUGGGAUUUGCAAUGCUUCCUUUUGGCAUCCUAAUAGGAGCUGGUGCUAAUCAAAAUGUCCAGUGAGUGUGAAUAGGUGAACAUAAUGUAUACCCUGAACCCCCCCCCCCCCGCCCAACAAAGUGAAGGACACACUCUGUCCCUUACUCUUCACUAACCUCUAAGUCUUAAUGCAGUUAAUAAGUCCAGUUUCAGCUCACAAAUGCUGCGCACCCUGCUGGAUCUGAUUACUACAACACUAGUGGAUGCAAAUCAAGGCAAAAUCAAUGUCAUGCUGUGUUUGUUAAACCACACAAUCCUGAGGAUAAGAAAAUGCUGUAUCACAAGCAGCUGAUCCCUAUCGACAGGAUUGUCUCUCAGCUGAUCUUCCCAGUCUUGUUUAGUCUUGAUGCAUCCACUGUUGUGUCUCUCUCUUGUGUUUUAUUUCUGCUUUGUUUGGGUGAUAGAGAGGUGUAUGUUUGCAUUCUCCUGCAAGCUAUUGUCCCUCCAUGCUGCAGCUGCAGUCAUAUUGUUACUGAUGUAUGCACAAGGCUCAUCUGUGAGUAAAUACAUUCUGCAUGGACUUUAUAUAAAAAUAUUUUUGCACUAUUUCAGUGGCUAUAAAUGUCUUUGGAAGGAAGUUGUUUCUGGUUUUUAAUUAAAAAAAGAUGCAGCGAAGAGCAGAUGAAAAUUGGAGCUGGAAAUUAGUAUGAAAAUACAUAAAGACGAGUCACUUCUUGAAUAACUCUGUAAUAUCCCAAGUCGAGUCCCCCCCCCCCCCCCCCAGUCCUCUGUGGCCUCUUUUGUUAUUUUGUUACGUAAGUGAAAUGCAUGAUUCAUGUAAGAACUAAUAAUUAUGUCCAUGACACAGAUAUGAUUGGCAUCCAUCAUGAACUGGUGUAAUAUGAUGAUGUAUUUUCAUUGAGCCAAGUGCAAUUUCCAACAGAAAUUUGUAGCAUUAUGAACUGUUUUUUUUUUUUUAAUCUUGUAUUAGGGUGAUUGAAGCUGUUGGAGCAAUGAUGAUACUCCUGUCGUCUCUACAGAUACCGUCUGCAAUUGCCUCUGGAUCUAUGUGUGAUUUUUUUUUAUACUGUUUUAAACUUCUCUCUGUUUAUUAUCAGUUUUGAAAACUGACAUCUCUGGUUUACACAGCUGCUUUGCUACCAGCACAAAGUGUAUGUGUACCGUGUAAAUGUGGAAAAUCGCUUACCCGGAAAUUACUCUUGAAAAAAAAAAAAAGCUCCAUGUAGUGAGGCUACUUCUAUGUUACGCAGGAAAAUAAUGCUAUAAUUUUAUUCUUAAUGCCUCUUGCUUUUGUUUAAAGUUGGUGAAAGUGAGUGAAGAAAUGUUGAUAUUGCAUUUUGGUUCUACCCUCUUACUUGACUUCCUUUUUGAGAAAAACAAAACAUUUUAUUCUUUUCCUUCAUGUACAAUAUUUUAUAGUGACAAAGGUCUUUUGUAACAUAAAGUGUUUGUGUUUUUAUGUUCAAGGACAGAGUUUACAUGUCCUGAAAAUCUUAAUUUACCUCAACUCUGCCUCUGAAAGUUUUACACCUUUUAAUGCUUUAUUCCACAUUUCCGUAGAUACAUUUUGUUCUAUUCAUACAUUAAAAGAAGCACAUGAUGUCACCUUGUC